AUGCUUCCUCAGACUCGGGCGCGCGUGCCCGCCGCUCUCCGGAGCUUGACCCGGUCCACCGCGACUGUCCGCACCCUUUCCACCACCCUCCCUCGUUUCCAGAAUGAAGACAAGGCCCUCAACAAGGUCUCGCGCCACAUCACACAGCCCAAGGCCCAGGGUGCCUCCCAGGCUAUGCUGUACGCCGUCGGCCUCAACGAGGCAGACAUGAACAAGGCCCAGGUCGGAAUCUCAUCUGUGUGGUUCAAUGGUAACCCUUGCAACAUGCAUCUGCUCGACCUGAACAACAAGGUUCGCCAGGGUGUCCAGGAGCAGGACUUGAUCGGUUUCCAGUUCAACACUGUUGGUGUCAGUGAUGCCAUCAGUAUGGGUACCACCGGUAUGCGCUACUCUCUUCAGAGUCGUGACCUGAUUGCCGACUCCGUUGAGACCGUCAUGGGUGGACAAUGGUACGAUGCCAACAUCAGUAUCCCCGGAUGUGACAAGAACAUGCCCGGUGUCCUGAUGGCCAUGGGACGUGUCAACCGCCCCAGUCUGAUGGUUUACGGUGGUACCAUCAAGCCCGGCUGUGCCGCUACACAGAACAAUGCCGACAUCGAUAUCGUCUCUGCUUUCCAGGCAUACGGUCAGUUCCUGACCAAGGAGAUCACCGAGCCCCAGCGCUUUGACGUCAUCCGUCACGCUUGCCCCGGUGAGGGUGCUUGCGGUGGUAUGUACACCGCCAACACCAUGGCCACCGCCAUCGAGACCAUGGGUAUGACCCUUCCCGGUUCCUCCUCCAACCCCGCCAACUCCCAGGCCAAGUACGUCGAGUGUCUGGCAGCUGGUGGUGCUAUCAAGAGACUGUUGGCUGAGGACAUCCGCCCUCGUGACAUUCUUACUCGCCAGGCCUUCGAGAACGCCAUGGUCGUUGUCAACAUCACUGGUGGAUCCACCAACGCUGUGCUGCACUUGAUUGCCAUUGCCGACUCGGUCGGUAUCAAGCUCACCAUCGAUGACUUCCAGUCUGUGUCUGACCGCAUUCCCUUCCUUGCUGACCUCAAGCCUUCUGGCAAGUAUGUCAUGGCUGAUAUGUUCGCUAUCGGUGGUACUCCCGCUCUUCUGAAGCUUCUCCUCAAGGAGGGUCUCAUUGACGGAUCUGGUAUGACCGUUACCGGUGAGACCAUGGCCCAGAACUUGGAGAAGGUCAAGGACUUCCCCGAUGACCAGAAGAUCAUCCGUCCCUUCAACAACCCCAUCAAGAAGACUGGUCACAUUCAGAUUCUUCGUGGCUCCCUCGCCCCUGGCGGCAGUGUUGGCAAGAUCACCGGAAAGGAAGGUAUGUCCUUCACCGGUAAGGCCCGCGUCUUCGACAGCGAGGACCUGUUCAUCGCUGCUCUCGAGCGCGAGGAAAUCAAGAAGGACGAGAAGACCGUUGUGGUCAUCCGCUACUGUGGCCCCAAGGGUGGCCCUGGCAUGCCUGAAAUGCUUAAGCCCUCCGCUGCUCUCAUGGGUGCCGGUCUCGGUAACUCCUGUGCCUUGAUCACUGACGGUCGCUUCUCCGGCGGUUCUCACGGUUUCCUGAUCGGUCACAUCGUCCCCGAGGCCGCCGUCGGUGGACCCAUCGGUCUUGUUGCUGACGGUGACACCAUCACCAUCGAUGCCGACAAGCGCAUCCUUGAUGUCGAGGUCCCCGAGUCUGAGCUCGCUGACCGCCGAGAGAAGUGGGAGGCCCGCAAGGCUGCUGGUGAGCUGCCCGAGACUGGUCUGACCAUGCGUGGUACAUUGGGCAAGUACGCCCGUGUCGUCCGCGAUGCCAGCCAAGGCUGUAUCACCGACGCUGUAGAGUAA